CUUUACCUAAUUACUUCACUGGUGGUACAAGUGUUAUUGUUCCAGCUAUUUUAUUUUGUUUGUAGUGGCAAUAAUCGUAAUACGGAGAGAUACCCUGAUAACCUUUGCCAUCGGCGAGACGUUCACGAGGUUGCCGCAAAAUAUUUGAUUCAAUAAUUUGGUGAUAACCCCAGUUGUCAUCGGCAAAAAUCGACCAUUCUAACAGUGGACGUGAAGCGUACCGGACGCACAAGAACGGUAAUACCGGCUAUUCAACUUGGUGAACAAGCAUCCAAUACAGCGCUAGGAGAAUGGCUUCGAUGACAAGAUUCGCACGUUUCGGCUUACAGUUCACAAAUGUGGCUGCAAAAACAUUGCGUGUGGUACCCAACCCACAAUGCCAGCAUUGGCGUGCAUUUAACGUAAGCAGUUUGUUGUUGGCAGAACGUCGCUACACGGAAAAACAUGAAUGGAUUUCUGUGGAGGGCACAACAGCCACUGUGGGCAUUUCUGAGUAUGCACAAGACGCACUUGGCGAUGUCGUCUUUGCACAAUUGCCAGAACCCGGCACAGCUUUGCAGCAGAGCGAUGAAUGUGGUGCUUUGGAGAGUGUGAAAGCAGCCAGUGAGGUGUACUCACCGCUGAGUGGCAAAGUAACUGAAAAGAAUGACGAAGUUGAGGAGACACCCGGUUUAAUCAACAGCAGCUGCUACGACAAAGGCUGGCUCUUCAAGCUGACUGUGACUAAUCCUGCCGAAAUUGAGAAGUUGAUGAGUGAGGAACAGUACAAAGAGUUCCUUAAAGCUGCAGAACAUUAGUGGUUACAAUUAUACGGACCACGUGUUGUUUCAAGCCAGACAAUGCCUUCAGAAAAACGACAAACAUUUUUUUAAGUUUGCUCGGUUAAGCGGGGUUUUAAUCAACUUGGACUCUAAUUUAUACUAAUACAUCUUAUAAUGUAUUUAAUUUUAGCUUUAGUUUGCGUAUUGGUUGCUGUACGCCGAAAAUCACAUUUAUUUCAUUGUAUGUAAGCAUUUAUGCCUUUUGGGCGGGCAUAAUUUAAUAAAAUUAAGUAAAAAAUUGAUAA